AUGAAAAUAUUUUCAGAUAAUUAUAGAGCGGAUAAAUUUGAAAGCACUGAGUUUUACAUCCCAGUCACAUGUGGCGCUGUAGUCGACAGAGAGCGUCAGUCAGCCGCACAACAAACACGGGCAAAUUGUGAAAAUCCCUUAAUUCUCCUAUUUGCAAGUGAAAAAUCUGGGAAAGCUCUCAUCAUGGCUGAUGUGCUGGACAUUGACAACGCUGAGGACUUCGAGGACGAUGAUGGAGACCAGGGAAUUGUGCGGCUCAAGGAGAAGGCACGGAAGCGGAAGGGACGUGGAUUUGGCAAUGAGAGUUCUUCGCGACAGCCAAUUCAUGAUUAUGAAAGCGUCCGGAUAGAGGAUGAUGAUGAGUUGGAUCCGGGACCACAGAGAUCUGUCGAGGGUUGGAUCCUCUUCGUCACGUCGAUUCACGAGGAGGCGCAGGAGGAUGAUAUUCAGGAGAAGUUCAUCGAAUACGGAGACAUCAAGAACAUUCACCUGAAUCUCGAUCGUCGCACGGGAUUUCUCAAGGGAUACGCUUUGGUGGAGUAUGAGACCUUCAAGCAAGCUCUCGCAGCCAAGGAGGCCCUCAACGGUGCCGAAAUCUUGGGGCAGAUCAUCUCUGUCGAUUGGUGCUUCGUGAAGGGCCCGAAAAGGACCAAAAAGGCCAGCGAGAGAAAGCGCAGAUAAGCCGGAGAUUAAAUGGAUUGACAAACACGAGUUUCUGCAUAGUUUUUCCUUUAUUCCAUCUCUGCAAAGCAUCUCAAUUCUCCCCAGAAAAGAGCCCGGCUCGGCGCCCCAAACAGAAAACCCAGCAAAAAAUGAGUCUACAGGUCAGCUCGUCCUGUGACAUAUCCAUCCGACAAAACUAUGCGCAUUUUUUAUGAAUCAAAUCAACUUUUUUCAUGUUCUUCAUGGAUUUUCUUGGAAAUAAACUCUGGAUGUUGAUUCAUAAAAAAUUAUUGGAUUUUCUUACGGAAAAUUAGACUAUUUCUCAUCUCUUUGUUAAUAUUUCUUCUCGUCUCCAUUAAAUAAUAAUUUGACUAUUUCUCAUCUUUCAAUGUGUUGCAAUUUGUGUAUAAAUUAGAUACUUUUUGGUAAAUGGUUCUUUUUCCUUUUUUAAUAUCAUCUCCUUUAAUUAACUGAAAUUUUCCUCCUUUCAUCAAUUCACCAUUCAAAAUAUUUCCACUCUCACAUGAUCUUCUUCUCCAGCUUUCAAGGCACGACAACCUUCUGAGUUUCCUUAUCUCUUCUUGACUCAGCAAAUUAAUCCUUUCAAAAUCUGAAAAUAACAUUUGAUCUUCAUAAACUUUCUUUAAAUUACAUCCAUUUCAAUUAAAUAAAGGUGAAUUUCUAUCGUGCUUCAUUUUUUUUAUAAGGAUUUCCACUUUUUUUCAAUACAGAGGCUUUUUUAAUGAUCUUUUUCCUUUUAUAUGUUCUGCGGAAUAACUUUGUUCAAUUUUGCAAAAUAUUCCUUUUCCAUAUUUCACAGAACCAAGCAUUUAUUCUCUCUAAUUUUUUUUUUAC